UGAUCAUCGAUUCCCAUAAUUAAAAACUGUCCACCAUCUUGAACCACGCAACUUCUUCUGUCUCUUCGUUUUCGCUUCUGCUCCUGCCAGCCCUUCUUCGACGUCGGCCACAGCGAUACCAGGCGACACCUUUAAUCGAGGCUAAUUCUUUAAGGGCUAGGCUCAAGGCUAGGCUGAGCCAUUGUUAUUUCCACUUAGACGUUGGCUCUACUCUCUACUGAGGCUUGCUCGAGCCGCCGUGUUCAUGAUUCACUAGUUCGCUGGUGAUUCCAUACCUCUCGACGACUACCAGACAUGACUACGCCAAUGACGAACACAAGCCAUUGUUUACCCGCCAUACCAUCCCUCCCACCAAUUCAGAUGCCCGGCGACACCGAUAAAAAUACUUACCUUGACCUGGGACAUGAUCCAAUUGCACCUGUGUCUGCAUCGUCCACAUCCCCCAAGGCUUCUUUUUCCUCUACUUCAUCUACUCUUGUUGUUCCUCGUAACACUCCUUUCGAUACAGGCUGCUCUGGAUUUUCAUUCUCGACUUCAACCGACCCUUCGUCCCAAUCCUUGCGCAAAUCAGUCUCUGUUGACUCAUUUGUUGGUUACGAUAGGGAAACGUCACAGAGAACAAGCGGUUCACGAGCGAAUAGAGGCACCACUUACUCCACUUUCGAGGCAUCUAGGACACAUAAACAGGACGGUCUAUUGCACAGCGAGCCCAUUCUUUCUCAACCGUCUAUUCGCAGUCGCGGUGCGAGUGUGAGUACGAUGAGUCGGAGUCAUGUUUCCGGAAUAGAGCACGAGCGGGAGGCCGAGAUUUUGCAGCGGCGGAAGCGACCAAGUGAAGGCAGACGGGGCUCUGUGAAGGGCAAAGAUCACCCUCGAACAGCUCCCCGUCCAGGCGAUCUAAAUCUCCCUCCACGCAUGCCGGUUCAGGCUAUUGACGAUACCCGCCGCUUGCAUUCAACAACAUCGCUCAGUUCACUGUCUGUAUGUAAUCCUGCGCUAGCCAGUCUUACGUCAGGGCGCGCAAGGAGUGACAGCCUUGGCUUGCCAACCACUACCGCUUCAGGUAGAAAUCUAUCGAUUGAUACUCUUCAGCCCUCUUUUUUGUCCAAAGAGAUAGCCAUCGCAGUAGUCGGGUUUUCCGGUUGUGGCAAGUCGACAUUCAUCUCGGAGGACGCUAAAGCACACGGGGCAUCGGAUGUUGAGGCACUAUUUGCGUCGCCGGGAACUUUUCCUCCCACUCCUUUCCGUUACACACGUCGCUUUGACCGGGCGAUACCACGCGAUUUUUCAAUGGUAAUCUAUGAGUUAGACAUUGAAAAGGUCCUGCCCGAAAAUCUUCCACCUGUCAGUGGGGUUGUCGUGUGUUACGAUGCUGCCAACAAGGCUUCAUUUUCUCCUGUGGAAGAGUUCAUCCGGCGGAUACAACCGUUGAAGCUUUCAACCAUAGCGGUGGCCUUGAAGACAGACUUGGAUGUCGUUGUCGAUCCGCAGGAGUCUUUGAACUUGUUGAAAAAUUACCAUGUUGGUCUAGUGCAGGUUGAUCACUUGGGAGAAGCAGAAAGGGCUAGGAUAAAGAAAGUGUUCAAUUGGUUGACGUUAUCUAUUUUGCCAGGUCCUCAUGCUGAUCUCCGAAAUCCCGCAUCACCAGAUGCUCGCCACUCACCAAUUACUUGGGAAGCCCGAGCAUCAGUAUCAUCAACUACAUCCACCGUUUCUUCUUCCACAGCUUCUACGCAAACCAUGUCCCAAGACCAGGGUGGCUCGUUGCGACACUCACCCACUUCUACACUCCCAUCAUCUCCACCGCCAAUCGCCAUCUCUCCAACACGCGCCCGGUCAACUCCAGAUCUCCUCUCGACCCAUGAGAUGUCAAAAUCACGAGAGUCGUCUGAGCGAAAGUUAUCGAAUGCUCGCAGUGUCACAAGCUUUGUUGGGUCAUCAAGCGUAAAUUCCUCGUCGUUCGGCUCCUUCAUUUCUGGGAGAGAUCUUUCAUUAAGUGUUACUGAGAACGGUCAUUUUGAUCACCCUGCGAGCAAGGAGAAGGAACCUCGCUCAGGACAAUACGCAACCCUGGAGGAAUUACUUGAUAAAUUAUUAUUUCUUGCUGUCAGCGGUGAUGAUCCAACAUUUAUCUCGCAUUUCCUUCUUACAUAUCGAAGAUUUGCAAGUCCUCGCAGUAUUCUGUUGGCUAUGCAGAAGCGAAUGCGACAACUCGACAAUUCAACUGGCGAUCCGAUGUUUGCGAGCUACGCACAGAUGAGAAUAUGCCACCUACUUGAAACCUGGAUCCAGACGUAUCCACAAGACUUCGCUGUUCCGGGGGCCCCUGGCGCCUUACACGCCCUGGUGAGGUCGAUCGUCGGGAAGACAUACCUCCUACAUUACGGUUCCGAUUUCCUCCCUUUCCUCUCACAUCUUCCCAACAUCAUAGAUACGGAUGCGGCCUGGGCGCUCAAGUCCGAAAAUCCUGUGGAUGAGAGCGAGGAUCCAUACAGCAUAUCAGAUGGAGAGGAGGAACCACUGGUUGUUGAGACUGAACCAUCCUCUACGAGCCGUUCGUCGGUGGCUCGCUCGAACGACAACCUCCCCAGUGCAGCGAGCGUCAGGGAACGCAAGUCAAGCUUGCCGCUUAGCGCGAAGAUAUUUAUACCAGUGAAUUCGAGUCACGGCCAAGGAGAUGUUCAAGAUAUGUCUUCGAAGGAUCUCCUGAUCAAGCUAAGGAGUAAUGCCCAGACUCUGGCUAGCUUUGAUUGCUCCGCGAUCGCGGAAGAGAUCACGCGAGUGGAAGCGAAGCUAUUCAUGGAUAUCGAGCCACGGCACUGGUUGCAAUAUACCCUCAUGCCCGGACGCAAAGACCCUGAGUUGGACUCAAUAUCUCGAUUCAAUGCUAUCUCCAAUCACCUUGCCGAUUGGGUGGUAUCCCUCAUACUAUGUCACGAUAAACCGAGGAACCGCGCAAGGCAGAUAGAGCGAUUCGUGGAUAUCGCGCACGAGCUCCGCGCAUUAAACAAUUACUCAGCGCUGCGUGCUUUCGUCGCUGGAAUCAAUAGCUCCACUUUCCAGGGCGAUGAAACCAUGGAGAUUUUCAAAAACAAGACUCCAGAUCACUACAAGAAUCUCUUGUCUUGGGAUGUUCUUCUUCAACAUCGCGGAGCUCAUCAGGCUUAUCGCAUGGCGCUCAAAAACACCAAAGGCGCUUGUAUACCAGCGCUGGAAGUCCAUAUGUCCGACCUGAUCCGUGCCCACGAAGGAAACCCCAAUGUCAAUCUGGAUGAUCCUACAAAAAUUCAUUGGGGAAAAUUUAAUAUGUUUGGUCGGUUUAUUCAAACCACCACCCACUGCCAGAUACAGUGCCAAACAAAUCCGGAUUAUUGCUUACCAUCGCGAGAUCGAAUACUGAAGGUCAUAUUUAACGAAUAUGUCAUGUCGGAAGAUAUGCAAACAUCUCGAAUGGCACCUCUUCCAGACUCAGAUUUAGUUGAAGAACCCUUCCGCUCCACGCUGCCUCGAACAAUGUCACGCGAACAUUCAACAUCCUCCCAGAGAGACACAACAAUUCUUCGCAGAAUACUGCAACGGUGAAAACAGCCCCCAGCAUGUAUCAGGAUUAUCCUUUUUGUAUCUGCAGUUUGUUUCUAUUCAUCUGUCGCUCUCAGAGAUCCCAUUUGUUUGAUACCCCGUCCCUGUACGUAUCAUAUUUGUUGUUAUUCGGCAAAUGUACCCUUUCAUGUUCAAGUUACGUCGCUACUUCACACUCAUCCCAUAGGCACAGUAGUAAAUCUUAGCAUCCAUCGAACCAGUCGAAGAAUAUGUUGCACCUAUGACCAAUUGAUAUGUGUAAUGCUCUGCAGUCAAACUGCUGCAAAAUUUUGGAUCGA